AUGUUGCCCAACAACGCAUUCCACAUGCAGCCGCACAUGGCUCAGCAGCAGCAGUCGCAACAGCAGCAACAGCAGCAGCAUCCAGGCGCCAUGCAAAACGCCGCCAACUUUGCAAUGCAGCCUUCGGUCUAUGCACAGCAGCAAUCGCAGCAGAUGCAGCCUCCGCCAUCGCACCAACAGCAGCUCCAGCAACACCAGCUUCAGCAGCAGCACCAUCAACACCAGAUGCAGCAGCAGCAGCAGCAGCUUCAGCAUCAGCAGCAGCAGCAGCAGCAGCAGCAGCAGCAUCAGCAGCACCUCGCACAACACCAUCAGCAGCAACCGAAUCAUCCACAUCAGCAUCAGCCUCAGCCCUCGGUCGUCUACGCUGGCGGACCUCCUUCUGCGGCCUCGGUGAACCAACCCGUGCACAUGGCGAACCCGUCCGCUGGCUCUUCCGCUUAUCACCCCACCAUGCAGCAGCACCAGGCACAGAUGGCCAGGAUCGCACAGGCGUCUCAGCCACAGCUCGGCAACCCGCAACAGCAGCAGCAGCGUCCACCCCAAGGCUCUGCACUCACACCGCAACAGCACCAACACCAGCUCCAACACCAGCAGCAGAUGCAGCUCAUGCAGCAGCAGCAGCAGCAGCACCAAAUGCAAACGCCGCAGCAACAGCAACACGCCGCUCAGCACCAACACCAGCAAGUCAUGUUGCAUCAGCAGCAACAGCAGCAACAACAACAGCAACGCCAGCAACAGCAACAGCAACAACUCCAUCAUCCUCAUCAGCAUCCCGCACAGCCCCAAACACCGCAGCCUCAGCAGCCUCAGCAGCAGCAUCAGCCGCAGCAGCACAUGCCCAGUCACUCGCAGGUCACGCUGCAAUCCCAUCCUCAGACGCAGCAGGCUCAGCAGGCUCAGCAACAGCAAGCGCAGCAGCAGCAAGCAUCUCUGGCCGCACCCUCGCUGCAUCGUCAAAACUCGCUGCCACCAUCUGCACAGGGACAUCACAGCAACAACAACUCGCAGCCCGCCACCGCCAACAACUCGCCUCUCCCCUCGGCACUCGCCCAUCGCGCCGCACAGCCUGGACCGCAUCGUACGCCGACGCCCAUCUCGCAUGCCGCUCAUCCGAUGCAGUCCACCGCCUCGGCCGCCUCGGCACCUCCCAACGCCGCCUCCUCCAUGCCCAGCCCACAGGUCAACGCUCCCAUGCCCCUCCGCCAGGCUUCGGUGCCGCUCAAUCACCCAGGACCUCCCACUCCCACGCACACCCGCCCUCCCUCGGCUGCACCCACGCCCGCGCUCCAGUCCGCCAAUCCACCGGCGUCGGCCAUGCCCAUGCCGCGACCCAACAGCACCUCGCCCAACGCAAGCCAGAUGCUCCACAAAGCUGCCGCUCAAGCCUUCGCCACGCCUGUCCCGGCAGGCGCCAACGGUGCGGUUUCGAUGGGCUCGUCGAACGUGGAUAGCAUGGCGGGCGCACCCGGCCCGAAUCCGCAUCUCCAGUCGCACUUCCCACCGGGAGCGGGCGUGCUGAGGCUGCUCCAAUACUCGGAAGCGCUAGGGAGCGGCGCGAAUCGGAGCGACAUUGACUACUGGCAGACGUUUGUCAACGAGUUCUUUGUGCCGACGGGCGUGUACCGUCUGAUCCUCUGGAACGCCACCUCGCGCGAACAAAAGGGCUUCGAGAUCCCGACGUGCGUGCUGCCGCGCUUCAUGCUGACCAACUACGUCUCCGGACUGCGUUCGUCGCAGCUGCAGCUCGAGACGCCUCGAGAGUACCAGACGGGCUGGCCACCGGUGAAGCCGCUGCCGCCUCCGCCGGCGUCGCACAAGUUUGUCAACAGCUUUCCGUCGGCCAACGUGACGCAUCACGUGGACACGAAGCAGGCGACGUUUGUGUCGAGCUUCGAGAGCGGAUGGCAGGUGCAGAUGUCGGGACGGCUGCGGGCGUCGUUUGUGCCCUGGGCGCUCGAGCAGCCGGGCGAACCGGGCAAGAUGGAUGUGCAGCUGCGUCUGGAGUCGCUCGACUUCACGGUGCAUGCACAUGCAGGCUAUCUGCCACGCGUGGCCAUCCAAAUGUCCAAGGUGGAUCACCCGCUGCCCUCGAGCCUGGUGGCGAGCAUUCGAAGCACAUCGGACAAGGCGGGGAGCUCGCUUCCCAACGGCACCAAGAAGGGGCAGGCGCGAGGCACUGCGGCUCGCAAGGAAGAGGCCAAGGACGACUCGAAUCGGGGCGACGAGGGGGCGCCGGCGAUCAAGCUCGAGGAGGGCACGGGGACGAGCUCGGACGACGAUGCCAAGAGCCAGAGCGGGUUCAGCGUGGCGGUGGAAAGGACGUUCGUGCCCGACUACCCUGUCAACGAGUAUGGGAUCAGCCUGCGAGCCAUGCGGUGUCUGGAGAUUACGGAGAGCGUGUGCCAGCUGCGCGAUCUGAUCGACAUGAGCAUGCGCGACAAGCUGGGCCCCAUCGAUGCGCUGCGCAAGUUUGCAGGCCAGUAUCGCGAUAUGCAAUCGGGCCGAGCCACGGCGCAAGUGGGAGCAGCGGGCGGCGCGCUGGGCGACGCCAAUGGCAAUGGCAAUGGCAAUGGCAAUGCAGCGAGUGCUCAGCAGCAGCAGCAGCAGCCAGCGGUCAACUCGGCCGCCACGCCAGGGCCGCCGCCGAUGGGACGAUCGCCAAGCGCACACGGCCGGCCGCUGGAGAACGGAACGGGCUCGAACCAUGCAUCUCCAGUGGUUGCCAACGGCGUGACGAGCCUGAAGCGCAAGGGCAAGACGGCACCCAGUCCGAGUCCCAAGCUGGCGGCCACCGCCAACCCAGCCAAGAGGCAACGGUGA